UAUGCACAGCUCGGCAUGCCGUUUAAUCAGGGCUUUGUUUUUUUAUUUUCCUUUUGAUGAAAGGAUCAUUGAAUUGACCAUGAGAGUGUAAUGUGCGUGAACGAACAUCCAUGUUAAAUCGUGACCGACCGCGAGGUUUUAUGACGCGUUCUCUAAUCGAUCAUGUUAGUGUAGAUCGUUACUUUAAUUACAUACGUGGUGGCACGAUGUCGGCUCUCAGCAUGCAGGAGCAAGCGGAAGCCGCCGACCGAGCGCAGAUGCUCAAGAAGAUCCUGAGCGCGUCCUUCUACGCGCUGGCCUCAUUCAUGAUCACCGUAGUGAACAAGACUGUGCUUACGACGUACGCCUUCCCCUCGUACCAAGUGCUCGGCCUGGGCCAAAUGGUGGCCACGAUCAUGGUGCUGUGGAGCGGCCGCUCCUUCGAGGUGGUGCAGUUCCCGGCGCUGGACAGCGGCAUCGUGCGGCGCAUAUGGCCGCUGCCAGUCAUCUACCUCGGCAACAUGGCAACCGGGCUCGGCGGGACCAAGGAGCUCAGCCUGCCGAUGUUCACGGCGCUGCGACGCUUCAGCAUACUCAUGACGAUGCUUGGAGAGAGGUUCGUGUUAGGCGUGAGAGCCUCCUGGUCAGUUCAAACCAGUGUGUUUGCCAUGGUUGGUGGUGCCCUGCUGGCCGCCGCCGAUGACGUCACAUUCUCCGUGUCUGGAUACACUCUGGUGCUGCUCAAUGAUGCAUUCACUGCUGCUAAUGGUGUGUACAUGAAGAAGAAACUGGAUGCCCAAGACCUUGGUAAAUAUGGCCUCAUGUAUUACAACGCUUUGUUCAUGAUAGUCCCAGCUGCAGUAGUUGCUUGGGCAACUGGUGAUUUACACAGAUCUGCAGAAUAUGAGCACUGGGGUGACUCACUGUUCCUAGCACAGUUCCUAAUGUCAUGUGUGAUGGGAUUUAUUCUGUCAUACAGUGUAAUGCUCUGCACUCAGUACAAUAGUGCACUCACCACCACAAUCAUUGGGUGCCUGAAAAAUAUCCUGGUGACAUAUUUGGGGAUGGUUAUUGGUGGUGACUAUGUGUUCUCAUGGCUGAACUUUGUGGGUCUGAACAUCAGUGUGCUGGCCAGCCUGCUGUACACAUAUGUUACGUUCAAGCGCAAGCCUACUCCCUCCUACAUCCUGGUGGAGAACUCGAAGGUGGACACUGUAUAGCAGUACCGUAAGAGGAGACCGACUCAGUGCUCUACAUAUCUAGUAUAGUAUUGAAGGUGGUGCCAAAGAUGACUGUGACAGUGAGUGACAUGUAAAUACAUAUUAUUAUCAUUUAACUUGUACAGAACAUAUUUUAUGAAGUUCAUUUGUGAAAUAUCAACAAUUCCUGUGCAGCAGUAACCUUUUCAAUAGAUCUAAAAUGCAACCAGCUUUUUUGGGUAUGAGUGAUAUCAAACAAUAUUCAUUGAAUGAUCCAGUGUUAUUUGCAUUAAUUAAAUGUUUUGUAGCUAUAUGGUCAAUGAGACCAAUUAAUGCCAUAGUAACCAAAUCAUGGUGACUUAUUAAUAUUUAUCUAAGUUAUAACAAUUUUAGUAUAUUUUGUAACAAUAAUAUUGCCAAGAUUGUAUAGAAUUUAUACUUAAAGUAUAGCUUCAUAAUGAGAAACAUAAAAUAAAUAUGUUAUGCUCUGUGUAUAAUAUAUUUAUUUGAUUCUCUAAUGAGCAAUAAAAAAUAUAUAUGAUGUAACAACUAUAAUUACUGUUGUAAGUAUUUGAUGGCAAAGUUGUUAAGUUUUCAAGCUUAUCAUAACUGUUAAUAUACACUUAAACGAGCUGAUAAUAAUGUUGAAAUGUACACCUUAGCAUUUCAUUUGCAGUUCAGUAAUAAAAAUACAUUAUCUUGUAAUAUUUAUAUUGUAAGUCUAUUGCAAAAAUAUUUACUUAUUAUAAACCAUAUAUUAUAUAAGUAAUACAGGAGAUAUAUUUGUACAGAAAAAAAUUAUUGUCAUGUAAAGUGUAUAUAACAGCACACAUUAGCUAUUUAUAAUAUUUUCUUAAAUGAAACACACAGAAUUCACAUUUAUACCACACAUUUAUUGAUUUAAUAAAUACAGAACACAAAAAUAAAUGCAGCUUGAUAGGAGAUCAACAAAACUUUGCAAAAUGAUUUUUUAAGUGAAUAUAUUUUGAUUAUGAGGCUCUGUACAUAAUGCUUAGUUUUAUAGAAAAUUUUAAAGGAUAUAUUACUCAUAACUUAGUUGGAAAUAGGCAUUUUAUACGUAUAAAUUGUAUAUCUGGCUGGAGAUGUGCUUAGCUUAUGUAACAAAGUUACUGAAUACCCUUAAACAAUGAUAAUUUAAAAUGUGUAAAAAAGGUUAUUCAUACUGGAAUUGCCUAUGCCUUGUAACAAGACUUAGAUUGAAACUUUAUUAUUUAAGCACCUGUGAGCUGAUUUCAACUUCAUCAAAUUUCAAUCGUUUUGAGAUUGAACACUACAUUGAAUGGCAAUUUCAGAAUAUUUAGUAGUACCAAGGAUACCUUAUUUACUAAAAUCUCUAAGUAAAGAUGGAAAAAGCCUUAUGAGAAGAUUAAUAGACUGAUAUUUAUCAUGUUAGUGCAUUAUUUAGAUUUUAUAGUAGCCAAGAUACAAAUAAAUAUAUGUGUGAAUUAUAUCAAAUAUUUAUACAGGAAUAUAAGAAAGUAUAUAGUUAUUGUAUAGUUUUAUAAGUAUAGACAAUAGUGGAUGUUUCUGUUUGUAUGUAAUAGCCUGAAGCCAGCCACUUUGAAAGAACAUAAGCUAAGCAUCUCUCCCGCCCAAUAUUUAAUGUUGACACACUAAGGCCCUAGUUCCCCAACAACAAUAAACAUCCGUUUUUCUUAUAACAACUGUUUACUAUGAAUUUUCACGCUUCAUUUUUAACCGACUUCCCAAAAAGGAGGUUCUCAAUUUGUCGAGAUCUUUUUUUCAAAGUAAACAGUUGUUUUUAGAAAUAACUGAAGUUUAUGUUGUUGGUGAACUUCGAUCUAAAAAAUAUUAAUCAUUGCGAUAGGUAAAUCUCUCAAUAAAUCAUAUUAGUACAAAUAUUGUAAAUUAGUGUAAGCAUUUUAAGAUAUUUUCGUAAAUACAUACAUACAUACCGUUAUUAUAUUUAUACCACAGAUGAAGGAAAGAUAGCGGAAAUGCUAUAAGGGGAUGGUAGGUCAGGCGCCUUCUUGUAGGUCAAGUAGAUGUGGUCAGUCACUAGAACUAACGAAGCGUUCGGGUUCCUUGUCAAAUCAAAACCUAUCUGUCAAAGAUUGGUGAUUUUAUUUAAUUUUGAAAAUAAUGGGCGGGUUGCAUAGAAUAUACUCUGUAAGGGCGGAGCUAGUAUCGUUCCUCGUUCCUCGAACUCCCGCUGUUUGUCACGCUACUUUCUUAGGAGAUUUUGCGUUAUGACAUCUCCGCUAGUCAUUUCGUUCUCCAUGAUUUAUACCAAGUAAAUUGAACUCUAUUUGUUAUUCACAUGUUGAUUGAAAAAUAGAUUGUAGCACAUGAAUCAGUUUCUCUUAAUAAUAUUGAAAUAUGGACGGACCAGACAAUUGGAUUUAAAUUGAUCAAACUAGGCAUCGUAACCAAUCUUCUGCAAACAGGAUGAACACGAUAUUCAAUACUUAUAUUUUAAUUUGCCUCGAUUUUUUAAAAUGUAAGGGCACCAAACUACUAUUUAAUAAAAUAAAUUAAUCAUACUUCA